UCCACUCUGCCAUUGGUGGAUGCUUCUUCAGGCUGUUCCCUGCUGCUGCUCAAAAGGGGCUGAGAUCCCUGGGGACCUCAGACUCACCUGGACCUCCUAAUACAGGAGCCAUGAUCUGGCAGUUAUGGGCCUCCUGCCUUUUCCUGCUAUUCCUGGUCGACUUUGCUCAGCUGACCCAGAUGCUGCAAAAGAUGAAGAUGGAUUGCUAUAAGGGCGUGACAGGCACCAUCUAUGAGUAUGGAGCCCUCACCCUCAAUGGUGAGGAGUACAUCCAGUUCAAGCAGUAUGCAGGCAAGCACGUCCUCUUUGUCAAUGUGGCUACCUAUUGAGGCUUGACAGCUCAAUAUCCUGAACUGAAUGCACUGCAGGAGGAGCUGAAGCCUUUUGGUGUAGUGGUGUUGGGCUUUCCCUGCAACCAAUUUGGAAAGCAAGAACCAGGAAAGAACUCAGAGAUCCUUUAUGGGCUCAAAUAUGUGCGUCCAGGUAGUGGCUUUGUCCCAAAAUUUCAGCUCUUUGAGAAAGGGGAUGUGAAUGGAGAAAAAGAGCAAAAAGUCUUUACCUUCCUGAAGAACUGCUGCCCUCCAACCUCUGAUCUUUUGGGCUCAUCAAACCAACUCUUCUGGGAGCCCAUGAAGGUCCAUGACAUCCGCUGGAACUUUGAGAAGUUCCUGGUGGGACCCGAUGGAGUCCCUGUCAUCCGUUGGUUCCACCAGGCUUCAGUCAGCACAGUCAAGUCAGACAUCCUGGAGUACCUGAAGCAGUUCAAAACUGAGUAG